CUCACUGCUCGCAGCCGCGGCCGUCUCUCUCCCUCGCGAAUGCACUCGUGAGACUGCUACGCGAGCGCGCAAGUUUAGAGUUUGUCAAACCCGCAAGUGACAGACGGCGGAGUGCUGUGAGGCAACGAGAUUCUCUUUCGUCGAGUUCAGUGGAGCAUCUGCAAUCAUGGACAAUACAAUAGAAAACUUCGCUGUUCACUCGGAUGCUGGCUGCAACCCGAAUUACGUGCCCUCCGCUAUCGAACUCGUAGAAAGUGAGUUUCGACAUCCGGUUAACGGUGCGAUAAUUUCGCCGGUAAAGCCUGGUGUUAACAGCAUUGGGAUUUUCACUUUUGAAAGAAAAAAUGGAAGAUGCAAGAUUUGGAUGCAUUGGGUACUGCAUUACUAAGUGUUGGUUCGAUAAUUUUAGUCCUCACAAUAUAUUUCUCUGCCAAUACUUGUCGCAAUAUUCUUUUACAAAAAGAGUCGGAAUUUUAUAAAACGAAUGCCAUAAUAAUCCUAUCGGUAUAUCCUGUUGCAAGCGUUUGCAGUCUCAUGGCGAUUGCGAUACCAAGAGGUCAGUUACUAUCAGAGGCGGUAAUUCAGAUUUUCUUAACGAUUUCGCUGUACCGGCUUUAUCUCCUUUUGGUGGAUUUCGGUCGCCGAAAAAUCAGCGAAACGCCAACAUUGAUGCUACGAGUUGGGCCCUGUUGCUGCUGGCCCUGUCUGCCCUUUCCAAACCUUCAAAUGACCGACGCCAAUUUGUCUUGGAUAGGAAUUUUGGCCCUACAGCUUCCUAUAGUUCAGAGUGCUCUCUAUUUCAUAUUGCUCUAUAUGGGAGCUGAGAAUCCAAUGCUUGCCAUACAGUACGGCAUAUUCCUUCAGCCAGUCAUGGUAAUCAGCAUACUUCUAGGGAUAUAUAGUUUAACUAUCACUACAAGGACUUUACAUACAGCAAUUCCAGAGGCCAAGUUACAUUUUAAGACACUUGUGUUACAAUUGGUACUGUUGUUCUCGAAGCUGCAGACAGGUAUUAUCAAAGCGUUGCCUUCCGCGGGCGUAUUUCCGUGCAAUCCUCCUCUCACCCCGGCAGUUUACGCCAACGUGACGUACAACGCGCUGAUGCUAAUCGAGAUGAUGAUACUCUGCUACGUCGCGCGGCACAUAUAUUACGUCGAUCUGGAGAAGAAUCAAGAAACAGACGUAGUAGACCGGGCGCCGAAGACACCGGGUCAGGUAGACGCGACGAAUGGCAAUGACGGCAACAAACAGCUUCCAGCGGCAGUGGUGACCGCGUAAGAUCUGACGAGUCAUCGAAGAUGUUGCUCAUUUGAAAAGACUUUCAUCGAGAAAUUCGUGUUUCCCGAAGGCACGCCUGACACAUAAAACGAACAAAAAAGUAGAUAAUAUAACUCGCCAAGUAAAAAUAACUCAAAGUUCCAAGCUUUUACUACAGAUAGCUCGCUAAAAUCGGCACUACAGAGACAGAACUGAUCUGCACAUUUAGCAAUUCGAGACUGACUUUCUCUGAUCAAUUAGAAAAUGUAUCGUGCACUUUCCAUUUUAACAUUUAUAUCUUUUUUUCAAUCCUUCUCGUUCGCUGAUAAUAAUACUUUAUGAUUUAUCUUACGGUAUAGUGUAGUCUUAGAAACAAGCAGGGAGUACAUAAGGGAGGAAUACAGAUCUUGCUUUAAAUAUAGUUCUUUGUAAAUAGUAAUUUGUGUAAGAUUAUAUAACAUUAAAUAUAUGUGAACGGAUGUACAUAUUUGUAUGUUUCAUACAUAAUUUAAGAGUUAAUUAGAGGAAAAUUAAUUGUAAAAAAUGAAUUUUUUAUUUCUAAAUGAUUUAUAAACAUAAAAAGAAAUAUAAAUAUUGAUUUAAUAUAAAAAUAAAAUUACAAAAAUUAUUUUAUAUUAUUAUUAUGUGUGAAUUCUCUCUCUAUAUAAAUUCGGUACCUAAUUGCGCAUGAAAAAAAAAAAAAACUGAUUAAAAAAACGAAAAAAAUUAUGUAUGUUCUCUAUUCCUAUUUAUACUUAUCUAAAGUUUUUAUGUAUUUUUAAAGAGAAACGAUAAUAUUCCGAUAAAGUAUUUUCAUGAAAUAUA